AUGGUGCGAAGCAUCGAGGACCAGACGCCCCAGCCACCAGCGCUACUAAGGUUGCCUCCUCACCUACGUUAUCGUAUAUACCUUUAUGUAGGUAUAGCCCGCCACGACGGGCACCCAAACACAUACUACUUGGAUGGGCGUAAGGAGUCUCCAGGAUAUACGUCGGUCUUUGACGAGCCGCCGAUGCCCGGAUGUACAUCCGGCUUUAACCCGCCGCCGACACGUAACUUCACCGGCCUACUCCUUUGCUGCUACGGCCUAUACACGGAAGUCGCCGCCCUGUUAUAUUCGACCAACCAAUUCGUUAUCCACGCUGGCAAGGCCUCCCUUCAGCCCCUUAAAGCCCUAUCGCCAACGGCCAUCGCCUCCUUGAGGAGCCUUAAAAUCAUUCUUAACGAGUGCUCGUGCCACUAUCCGGUCGACUCUAAGGACUAUCCUCCGCCCUGCUGUUGCAACGACGUUGAGCAUGAACCGGUGCCCCAUAGUACCCGCAGCUCGUGCGCUGAGUACCACAAGGAUUUACACCGACCACCACUGCUCGAUCCCGUUCCGCCAAAUCUGGAUUUCACUUCCUCUAAGCUAGCGGCUCAAGCUUUACUAGCUGACUGGAAUGACGCUGCUGUCCACUUGUCGUCCCACGUUCGCCCCGGAUGCCUGGAACUCUCAUUAGAGGUUACGUGGUGUAGGAGAUACCCCCACUGCUACCAAGUAUGCCGCCCACCUUGUGAUCCUGACGGUAGGGGCCCGCCCUGUCAGCCUCAUAUUCAUCACGGUUGCCGGCUCAGCCAAUGCAUUGGCGUCGACCCUGAUUCAGAAUUAUCGGGCGUGCAACCACGAGGCCCAGGCUGCUUUUGCCGUCGCCGACAUGCUGCCUUUUCCUUUACCUGCAACUGCUGGGCUCCCCCAACGAGCCUCUUCUUCGUUUGCCGCACCUUCUGCCAUGAUGCCCAGGUUGUCUUUUUCUCGCGCAACCGUUUCAUCAUUCAUGAUGUUCAGGCGUGGCCAUUCCAGAGCAUGCACUAUACCGUCCAUGAACAGCAGGACCCGGAAACCGUCAUCAUCCAGGAGUCCUACCCUCACGAGCGUCUCGCCGUAUCGCAGUUCCUCCGAGAAUUCGUCCCCACCAACUGUCUCGCGCACCUCCGCUUCCUCGAGCUUGUCUUUCCGCCCUACCAGCCGCCUUGCUGGCCUGUUGAUGGCCACCCUGCCCAAGUGAACUGGCGCGAUACGGUUGAUUGGCUGCGUGGUAAAAUUGACGCGCCGGCGCUUACCAUCCGUGUCGCGUUCGCUGACUUCCUGUACAACCCGGCGGGGGCCCGCGCUGGAACGACCAAAGACGAAGGGGUACAGAUUGUAAGAGGCUACAUGCACAUCAUCCGACCGUUGGAGCCCCUCCUCAAGCACGAUGGUCUAGCGGCGCUCUACGUGCAGCCCGCAUAUCCCUGGGCAUGGAGACGCGACGUCCUACCACAGGAAUUAAAACCCACUGACAAGUGGGCCCGGGGGCUGGCUAGCCAAAAGCAACAGAUCAAGGACCGCUUGGAACGCAUUCCAGGCUGUGAGGCGAUUGUCGAUUCACGUAACAAGCCUGAGCCAAGAAUCAGCGGCUGGGCGAAUUGGUAUAAUGUAAAGUGGUUUUAUCACUAA